AUGAUAAAAGCAGUAGGUAGUAUGGGUUUUAUACGUGAUUGUCCCAAUGGUAGACUUGAUAAGAAAAAAUUUCUUGAAGUUUAUGAAGUAUUUUUGCCUGGAGGAAAUCCUAAAAACUAUUGCAAAUAUGCAUUCGAUACAUUUGAUACCAAUAAUGAUGGCACAAUUGAUUUUAGUGAAUUUCUUUUGAGUGUUGCAGCUACAAAAGGUGGUGAUGUCGAUGAACGACUUUCAAUGGCAUUUGAUUUAUAUGAUAUUUCGGAUGAUCAACAAGUCGAUCAAAAGGAAUUAACUAAAAUGAUUACAGCUAUGUAUGAACUUAAUGGCGUAGCUGAUCAAGGUGGUAAGAAUAGUCCGAAAACACGCGCUGCUGAAAUUAUUGCUUCACUUGAUGUUAGUGGAGACAGAAAAUUGAGUAAACAAGAAUUUAUUGCUGGACUUGAUAAGAAAAAAUUUCUCGAAACCUAUGAAGUAUUGUUUCCUGGAGGUAAUCCUAAAAACUAUUGCAAAUAUGCAUUUGAUACAUUUGAUACUAAUAAUGAUGGCACAAUUGAUUUUAAUGAGUUUCUUUUGAGUGUUGCUGCUACAAAAGGUGGUGAUGUCGAUGAACGACUUUCAAUGGCAUUUGAUUUAUAUGAUAUUUCGGAUGAUCAACAAGUCGAUCAAAAGGAAUUAACUAAAAUGAUUAUAGCUAUAUAUGAACUUAAUGGUGUUGCUGAUCAAGGUGGUACUAAUAGUCCGAAAGCACGUGCUGCUGAAAUUAUUGCUUCACUUGAUGGUUUUAUACGUGAUUGUCCAAAUGGUCGACUUGAUAAGAAAAAAUUUCUUGAAGUUUAUGAAGUAUUUUUUCCUAGAGGAAAUUCAAAAGCUUAUUGCAAAUAUGCAUUUGAUACAUUUGAUACCAAUAAUGAUGGCACAAUUGAUUUUAAUGAGUUUCUUUUGAGUGUUGCAGCUACAAAAGGAGGUAAUCUGGAUGAACGACUUUCAGCUGCGUUUGAUUUAUAUGAUAUUUCGGAUGAUCAACAAGUCGAUCAGCAGGAAUUAACUAAAAUGAUUACAGCUAUAUAUGACCUUAAUGGCGUUGAGGAUGAUAAUAAUAAUAAUGUGAAAACACGUGCUGCUGAAAUCAUUGCUUCCUUUGAUGUUAGUGGAGACAAAAAAUUGAGUAAACAAGAAUUUAUUACCGGAUGUAAGAAGGAUCCGUAUAUUCGUCAAAUUCUUGCUUCUGAUGCUUAA